AUGAUUGAGUUAAGAAGAAAUACGAAUACGACAAUUGUAAACGGACUCGUGUUGAUGAUCAGGAAAUUAGCUGAGCUUGGGCAUCAUCGAAGUGCUAAGAAGUGCAAAGAGAAGUUCGAAAACAUCUACAAGUAUCACAAGAGAACCAAAGAAUGCCGGUCCAGUCGGCAAAAUGGCAAAAACUACCGGUUUUUCGAUCAAUUAGAACUUUUUGACAAUCAAUCUGCCUUGCUUCCAUCGCCUUCCCAAAACAAGAGUAUGAAAUCAUUUCUGAGGGAUGAACAACCUCUGACGGGUACAACUAUGGCAAUGGGAAUGCCGAAUACAGUUUUAACAAUGACUGGAGAGGCCACCACCACCAUAAAGCCCUCCAGUGUUACACACUUCAUGAAUCCGCCCAGUGCAGAGUUUAUCAUGUCUACCUCUACAUCCACCACAUCCUCCUCAGGAAAGCAGUCUGAGUGCAGUGGGAAGAAGAAGAGGAAAUUGAUGGAUUACUUUGAGAGACUAAUGAAGGAAGUUCUGGAGAAACAGGAGAAUUUGCAAAGCAAGUUCAUAGAGGCGUUGGAAAAGUGUGAAAAGGAUCGAGCAGCGAGAGAAGAGGCUUGGAAGAUGCAAGAACUGGCUAGAAUUAAGAGGGAGCAAGAGAUGUUGGCUCAAGAACGAGCACUUGCUGCUGCCAAAGAUGCAGCCGUGAUUGCCUUUUUGCAGAAGAUCUCUGAGCAAUCUGGCCCUGUUAAAUUUCCUACUUUCCCAACUCCAAUUCCAAAUCUAGCUCCGGCUCCGUCUCCAGCCCCAGCCCCAGCCCUGACCCCUGCCCCGACCCCAACCCCGACCCUGACCCCAACUUCGACGCCGACUCCAACUGCAACUCCAAUUCCGACUAUAUCAGAGAGAGUAACCAACAAAUUGGAAGAUAUUAAUGUUAAUAAUAUUUCUGAUAAUUCUAUUCAGCCAAGCUCUUCACGGUGGCCCAAAGCGGAAGUUGAAGCUUUGAUUAGGCUGAGGACUAAUCUUGACUUGCAGUAUCAAGAUAAUGGACCCAAGGGGCCUCUAUGGGAAGAAAUUUCCUCAUCAAUGAAGAAGAUUGGGUACGGCAGGAGUGCCAAGAGGUGUAAAGAGAAAUGGGAAAACAUUAAUAAGUACUUCAAGAGGGUGAGAGAGAGCAACAAGAAAAGGCCAGAGGACUCAAAGACCUGUCCUUACUUCCAAAUGUUGGAGUCCCUGUAUGAGAAGAAGUCUAAGAAAUUAGUAACUGAUAAUUCAGGCAAUUCUACUUUAGGCUGUAACUUAAAGCCCGAGGACAUUUUGUUGCAAAUGCAGCAACAACAGCCACCAUCGCAGCAGAAAUCAGAAACCGAAGGCGGUGAAAGUGAAAACGUUGACCCAAAUCAAGAAGACGAGGGGGAUGAGGAGGAUGACAGUGGAGAUGAUUAUCACAUUGUUGCAAAUAAUCCUUCCUCGGUUACUAGCAUGGAGUGA